CCUUCACAGGACUCAUUCGACCAUGGGUUCCUGGAGUAUAACUAUUUGGAUUCUUAGCUGGGCCAUUUCAUCCACCUUCAGUGUGGAUAUCAAACAUGCUAGAUUACCAAACCACAAGGAUCAUGUCUGCAGCACUUGGGGAAACAAUCACUUUAAGACUUUCGAUGGGAAUUUUUAUACAUUUCCUGGAACUUGCGACUAUAAUUUUGUGUCUGACUGCAAUCAACUGUAUAAAGAUUUCUCCAUUCAAAUUAAACGAUCGAUCUCCAAGGGGCACCCCAAAAUACAUUACAUCACAACAACAAUCAAGGAUAUUGUGAUUUUUAUGACAGCCAAAAUUGUGGUCAUCAAUGGAGCUAUAGUCUCACUCCCUUACUAUGGACCUGGUCUGUAUAUUGAACAAAAUUUUCAAUACACUAAGCUCUAUGGAAAAUUUGGGUUGACUCUAAUGUGGAACAGAGAGGAUGCUUUAAUGGUGGAACUUGAUGUGAAAUUUCAAAAUAGGACUUGUGGGCUCUGUGGAGAUUAUAAUGGACUUUCUUUAUACAAUGAAUUCAUUGCAAAUGGCCAACAAUUUUCACCGAUUCAUUUUGGAAAUCUGCAAAAAGUCCAUCAGCCAAAUGAGCAAUGUGAAGAUGUAGAUGAACAUGAAAAAGAAACCAGUGCUUUGUGUGAGCAAUAUAGAGAAGCUUGUGAAAAUCUCCUUUCAAAAAACACAUUUGCAGAUUGCAACUCCCGUUUAAACACUGAACAUUAUAUUCAGGCCUGCAUGCAAGACAUGUGCACCUGCAGCAAAGUCUUAGAUUCAUUCUGCUUGUGCAGCACGGUCUCUGAAUAUUCCAGGCAAUGCUCCCAUGCUGGAGGGAAACCAGAAAACUGGAGGACAGAGACAUUUUGCCCAAAGAAAUGUCCUUUAAACAUGAUCUACAAGGAAAGUGGCUCUCCCUGUAUGAACAGUUGUUCGCACCUUGAUACAAGCAGCUUGUGUGAAGAGCACUUCAUGGAUGGCUGCUUCUGCCCACCAGGCACGGUGCUCGAUGAUUAUUCUGGCACUGGGUGCAUUAGUGUGAAGGAGUGUAAAUGUACAAUGAAGGGCAAACAUUACAAUCCAGGCACUCUGAUUUCAGCAGAAUGUGAAGAAUGUCUCUGCGAUGGAGGUAAAUGGCUGUGCAAAAAUCUACCGUGCCCAGGUGUCUGCUCAUUUGAGGGAGGAGCACAUGUCUCCACUUUUGAUGGCAUGAAAUAUACAUUUCAUGGUGACUGCUAUUACAUUCUUUCCAAGGACUGCGAGGGACAGCAGUACACACUGCUGGCAGAAAUAGUUCCAUGUGGAACAAUUGCAUCAGAAACUUGCCUAAAAACACUGGUGUUAACAACCGAUCAUAAGCAUAAUGUGCUUAUUUUUAAAGAUAAUGGGAAUGUUCUUAUUAAUGGAGUCAAAGCAGGAUUACCACUGGUAACAGCAAAUUAUACUGUUUUCAAACCAUCGACAUUCCACAUCCUGUUAGAGACCCGGUUUGGCCUGCAGCUGCAAGUCCAACUAAUUCCUCUAAUGCAAGUCUACAUAACACUAGAUCAAUCAUACAAAGGGAAAACAUGCGGUUUCUGUGGGAAUUUUAAUGACAUUCUGUAUGAUGAUUUCAAGGCAAGUAAUGGCAUAACUGAGGGGACAGCCGCAUCCUUUGCAAAUACCUGGAAAGCCCAGCAGAAAUGUGUGGAUAAAACAGAUCGCCUGGAAAACCCUUGCACUAUUAGUGUGGAAAACAAAAACUACGCUGAGUACUGGUGUUCACUUUUAAAAGAACCUGGAGGAGAUUUUGCUCCCUGCCAUUCCACCAUUCAACCAAAUGAAUAUUUCAAGAAAUGUAUGUAUGACAGUUGCAACUGUGAUAAAAAUGAGGACUGCAUGUGUUCUGCACUAUAUUCAUAUGUUCGAGCUUGUGCAAGUAAAGGUGUCAUGUUAACUGACUGGCGGACAAAAGUAUGUGACUCUUACGUGAAGACCUGUCCUGCAACACUAAUAUACAGCUAUGAUAUGAAAAGUUGCAAGCGCACAUGCCAUUCUCUGAGUGAGAAGGAUAUUACAUGUGGAAUCCAACAUGUGCCAGUGGAUGGAUGUGGCUGCGCUGAUGGAAUGUAUAUGAAUGAAAAAGGCAUAUGUGUGCCCUCAUCUGAAUGUCCAUGCCUCUAUCAGGGCACCCUCUUGAAAGCUGGGGAGAUGAUUAAUCAAGGAGAUACACAUUGUGUGUGUCAAGAUGGAAAAAUGCAAUGCAUUUUAUCACUGCAUAGAAUACAGAAAUGUUUUCCACCCAAGAUCUAUUUAAGUUGCAAUACUACAGAGCCAGGCAUAACGGGGACAGAGUGUCGCCGAACUUGUGGAAACCAGAAUCUGGACUGUUACAGUGAGAAGUGCGUGUCAGGCUGUGUUUGUCCUGAGGGGAUGCUGGAUGACAGAAAUGGAAGUUGUGUUGUUGAAGACAAUUGCCCCUGUGUGCACAAUAAUUUUCAUUAUCCAGCUGGAAGCAGGAUCUCAGUUGAUUGUAACACUUGUACUUGCCAGAAAGGCAGCUGGGACUGCACAAAUAUUCCCUGCUUUGGAGCAUGUACAAUAUAUGGGAGUGGUCACUACAUCACAUUUGAUGGCAAACGCUACAACUUUGAUGGGAACUGUGAAUAUGUUGCUGCACAGGAUUACUGUGGAGAUAAUCUUACCAAUGGCACUUUCAGCAUAAUUACAGAAAAUGUUCCCUGUGGAACAACUGGAACAACAUGUUCUAAAUCAAUCAAACUGUUCUUUGAGAAUUUUGAAUUGAAGCUAGCUGAAGGAAAGCAUGAAAUAAUUCAGAGGAAUGAAAACAAAAAGAUCCCUUUCACUAUCCGUAUUCUUGGUCUUUAUCUGACUGUGGAAGCUGACAAUGGGUUGAUUCUGAUAUGGGACAAAAAGACUAGUGUUUUUAUUAAGCUGAGCCCCGCUUACCAGGGUUAUAUUUGUGGUUUAUGUGGCAAUUUUGACGGAAAUGCCAACAAUGACUUCAUGACAAGAAGCCAGUCUGUUGUCGCUGAUGUAACUGAGUUUGGAAAUUCCUGGAAGCUAACUGCUAAUUGCCCAGAUGUUGUGCCCAAUGAUGAUCCUUGCAUUGAGAAACCACAUCGUAAAGGCUGGGCACAGAAGCAAUGCUCCAUAAUUACAAGUGACAUCUUUGCAAAUUGUCACAAAAUGGUUGAUCCAAAUCCAUUUUAUGACACCUGUGUCCAUGAUUCAUGUUCUUGUGACAGUGGUGGAGACUGUGAGUGUUUUUGCACUGCUGUAGCAGCAUAUGCUUUCGCCUGCAAUGAAACUGGGGUGUGCAUUGACUGGAGGACCCCUGAAAUUUGUCCUAUGUACUGUAGUUUCUACAACCCUUCUCCUGAAAUGUGUGAAUGGCAUUAUUACCCUUGUGGAUUCCCCUGCUUUAAAUCGUGCCUAAAUCCACUUGGCCUCUGCAACACCACAUUCCAGUUAGAAGGGUGUUACCCCAAAUGUCCAGAUAAUACACCCAUCUAUGAUGAACAUACAAAACAGUGUGUCGCUCAGUGUGGCUGUUAUGAAAAUGGAAAAUAUUACGAAAUUAACGAAACUGUUGAAACCACAAACAACUGUGAGAAAUGCUUGUGCACGCCAGAAGGUAUUAAAUGCAUGAACGACAGCAGUGCUUGUGUCUGUAUAUACAAUGGCACAGUGUACCAUCCAAAUGAAGUUAUCUACAACAUAACAGAUGGGUUAGGAGAUUGCAUCCUGGCAUAUUGUGCUGACAAUGGAACAAUUAUUAGAAUAAUAAGGCCUUGUGUGCCAAUUAAUACCACCCCAACAACACCGCUGACUGUUUCUCCAUUUUCAAUCACAGCCAGUACAGCGAUUAAGACAGCAACUUCAUCUAUCCCCACAACCAGCAAAACAAUCAGCACUACUUGUGUGAUAGAGGAACAAUGUGAAUGGACUCCAUGGAUAAGUGUAACCACGCCGAACUCUGGUGUUUUGGGAGGUGAUUUUGAAACAUAUGAUAAAAUUAAGGAGCAUGGAUAUGCAAUUUGUGAUGCUCCAAGCAACAUUGAAUGCAGAGCCACACAUGCACCAGAUGUAGACCUUGAAGAUCUUGAACAAACAGUACUUUGCAAUAUCUCUUUUGGUCUCAUAUGUGAAAACAAGAACCAACAUUACCAGAAAACAUGCUAUGAUUAUGAAAUACAACUGUUAUGCUGCAAUUUUAUAUGUCAAGCUCCAACAACAACAGAAGCACAGUCAACCACCUCGCACAUUACCACAAAAACAACUACAGAAUCAACACCACCUAUUCCCACAAGUGUUAUAACAUCAUUCUCACCAGAAACGACAGCACAAAGUAAAAACACAACUGAAGUUUCAAUGCCAACUAACGAAUCACCAAAUACUGAAAAAGUAUUGAGAACGACAAGUGCAAUACCAACGACAGUCCAGACAACAGAAUCAUUCACUUCAGCUCCACACUCAGCCACAUUUUCAACGACCAUCACAAGCAAGCACUCAACUAGCAGUAUAAAGAUACCCAAUGGAUCAACAACAACAACGAUCUGUACAACUGAAACAAUGGAGACGAGUGAAUCACACUCAACAACAGUAUCGCCUUCACCCACUUCUCCAACAAGCUCUGCAACAACGAACUCCCCACGAACUACACCAAAAUCACCACCUCAAACAUCUUCACGAUCAACCAAAACGAGUCCAUCAACGAUAUCCACAAGCGAAGUAGGCCCACAAUUUUCAACCACAGCCAGAUCCAAGCCAACAUCGCCACUCCCUCCAAACUCAAUGACAACUGAAUUUCCAAUCACAUCUGCAACCACACGUACAACUCCAGGUUCGACCAGUACCACAUGGACAAGGGAAACAACAACCGAAACAUCAAGUUCAAAACCAACGACGAGUACAAACGGAACUCAAACGCCUGAAACGGUAAGCACUACAAGAAUCACAAAAACAAAACCAUCUGGAACACCGCCAGCUUCAACCGCAACACCAACAAUGACCAGAGGACAACUUUCGACAGAAUCUUCAACCAUGAAGGUCUCCGAAUUUUCAACCACAAUCACAGCAAAAUCAGUUACACCAACACCAAAACGACCAACAUCAAUAGUAACACCACAGUCACAAACAUUUCCAACACCCGUUACAAGCAAACGUGCAACAAGUAGUGCAGAAAUACCCACUGGCUCAACAACAACUACUAUCUGUACAACUGACACAGGAGAGACCAUUGAAUCACAUUCAACCACAGCUCUAUCUUCAGCCACAUCCACAAAAACAACUCUCUCUGAAACAACCUCAAUUUCACCUACACCCACUGGACCACCUGAAACAUCUUCAACAUCACACAAACCACAAUCUUCAACAACUUCCACAAGUGAAGUUACAUCGACAAUUCUGACCAGUACCACAUCCACAUCCACAGAAACAACAGCAGAAACACCAAGCACUACAACGAUGGUAAGUCGAACCCCUUCAACAACAAGCAGGUCCUUAAGCACAAGCAUCACUGCAACCUCAACUGCGGCAUCACCAACACCAACAGAAACAAUCAGCAGAACAUCAUCUUCAACACAAUCCACAACCACGAUAGUAUCCAAAACACCUACCACUGCCACAGAAUCAUCGGCUACAACAUCUCCAAAAGUUCCAACGUCGACACCAACUCCACAUUCACCGUCUACUGUAGAAACACCCAGUGGCUCAACAACAGCUACUAUCACUACAACUGAAACAACAAGGACCGGUGAAUCACGUUCAACCACAGCUCCAUCUUCAGCCACCUCCACAAAAACAACACUCUCUGAAACAACAACCUCAAUUUCACCUACACCCACUGGACCACCUGAAACAUCUUCAACAUCACACAAACCACAAUCGUCAACAACUUCCACAAGUGAAGUUACAUCGACAGUUCUGACCAGUACCACAUCCACAUCCACAUCCAGAGAAACAACAGCUGAAACAACAAGGCGCACACCAAGCACUACAACGAUGGUAAGUCGAACCCCUUCAGCAACAAGCACAUCCUUCAGCACAAGCAUCACUGCAAAAUCAACUGCUACAUCACGAACGCCAACAGCAACAAUCAGUACAACAUCAUCUUCGACACAAUCCGCAACCACAUUAGUAUCCAAAACGCCUACCACUGCCACAGAAUCAUUGGCUACAACAUCUCCAAAAGUUCCAACGUCGACACCAACUUCACAUUCAACUAGAACGGUAGAAACACCCACUGGCUCAACAACAACUACCAUCUGUACAACUGAAACAGGAGAGACCACUGAAUCACAUUCAACCACAGCUCCAUCUUCAGCCACCUCCACAAAAACAACACUCUCUGAAACAACAACCCCAAUUACACCUACACACACUGGACCACCUGAAAUAUCUUCAACAUCACACAAACCACAAUCUUCAACAACUUCAACAAGUGAAGUUACAUCGACAAUUCUGACCAGAACUACAUCAACAUCCACACCCAGAGAAACACCAACUGAAAAAACAAGCCACACACCAAGCACUACCACGAUGGUAACUCAAAACCCUUCAACAGCAAGCACGUCCUUAAGCACAAGCAUCACUGCAACCUCGACUGCGACAUCACCAACACCAACAGCAACAAUCAGCAGAACACCAUCUUCGACACAAUCCACAACCACAGUAGAAACCAAAACACCUACCACAACCACAGAAUCAUCGGCCACAACAUCUCCAAAAGUUCCAACGUCGACACCAAGUUCACAUUCAACUACAACUGUGGAAACACCCACUGGCUCAACAACAACUACUAUCUGUACAACUGAAACAGGAGAGACCACUGAAUCACAUUCAACCACAGCUCCAUCUUCAGCCACCUCCACAAAAACAACACUCUCUGAAACAACAACCUCAAUUUCACCUACACCCUCUGGACCACCUGAAAUAUCUUCAACAUCACACAAACCACAAUCUUCAACAACUUCCACAAGUGAAGUUACAUCGACAAUUCUGACCAGAACUACAUCAACAUCCACUCCCAGAGAAACACCAACUGAAAAAACAAGCCACACACCAAGCACUACCACGAUGGUAACUCAAACCCCUUCAACAACAAGCACGUCCUUAAGCACAAGCAUCACUGCAACCUGGACUGCUACAUCACCAACACCAACAGCAACAAUCAGCAGAACACCAUCUUCGACACAAUCCACAACCAUAGUAGAAACCAAAACACCUACCACAACCAUAGAAUCAUCGGCUACAACAUCUCCAAAAGUUCCAACGUCGACACCAAGUUCACAUUCAACUACAACUGUGGAAACACCCACUGGCUCAACAACAACUACUAUCUGUACAACUGAAACAGGAGAGACCACUGAAUCACAUUCAACCACAGCUCCAUCUUCAGCCACCUCCACAAAAACAACACUCUCUGAAACAACAACCUCAAUUACACCUACACACACUGGACCACCUGAAAUAUCUUCAACAUCACACAAACCACAAUCUUCAACAAUUUCCACAAGUGAAGUUACAUCGACAAUUCUGACCAGUACCACAUCCACAUCCACAUCCAGAGAAACACCAACUGAAAAAACAAGCCACACACCAAGCACUACCACGAUGGUAACUCAAACCCCUUCAACAACAAGCACGUCCUUCAUCACAAGCAUCACUGCAACCUCGACUGCUACAUCACCAACACCAACAGCAACAAUCAGCAGAACACCAUCUUCGACACAAUCCACAACCACGAUAGUAUCCAAAACACCUACCACUGCCACAGAAUCAUCGGCUACAACAUCUCCAAAAGUUCCAACGUCGACACCAAUUCCACAUUCACCGUCUACUGUGGAAACACCCGGUGGCUCAACAACAACUACUAUCACUACAACUGAAACAACAAGGACCGGUGAAUCACGUUCCACCACAGCUCCAUCUUCUGCCACAUCCACAAAAACAACACUCUCUGAAACAACAACCUCAAUUUCACCUACACCCACUGGACCACCUGAAAUAUCUUCAACAUCACACAAACCACAAUCUUCAACAACUUCCACAAGUGAAGUUACAUCGACAAUUCUGACCAGUACCACAUUGACAUCCACAUCCAGAGAAACACCAACUGAAAAAACAAGCCACACACCAAGCACUACCACGAUGGUAACUCAAACCCCUUCAACAACAAGCACGUCCUUAAGCACAAGCAUCACGGCAACCUCAACUGCGACAUCACCGACACCAACAGCAACAAUCAGCAGAACACCAUCAUCGACACAAUCCACAACCACAGUAGAAACCAAAACACCUACCACAACCACAGAAUCAUCGGCUACAACAUCUCCAAAAGUUCCAACUUCGACACCAACUUCACAUUCAACUACAACUGUGGAAACACCCACUGGCUCAACAACAACUACUAUCUGUACAACUGAAACAGGAGAGACCACUGAAUCACAUUCAACCACAGCUCCAUCUUCUGCCACAUCCACAAAAUCAACACUCUCUGAAACAACAACCUCAAUUUCACCUACACCCUCUGGACCACCUGAAAUAUCUUCAACAUCACACAAACCACAAUCUUCAACAACUUCCACAAGUGAAGUUACAUCGACAAUUCUGACCAGAACUACAUCAACAUCCACACCCAGAGAAACACCAACUGAAAAAACAAGCCACACACCAAGCACUACCACGAUGGUAACUCAAACCCCUUCAACAACAAGCACGUCCUUAAGCACAAGCAUCACUGCAACCUCAACUGCGACAUCACCAACACCAACAGCAACAAUCAGCAGAACACCAUCUUCGACACAAUCCACAACCACAGUAGAAACCAAAACACCUACCACAACCACAGAAUCAUCGGCUACAACGUCUCCAAAAGUUCCAACGUCGACACCAAGUUCACAUUCAACUACAACUGUGGAAACACCCACUGGCUCAACAACAACUACUAUCUGUACAACUGAAACAGGAGAGACCACUGAAUCACAUUCAACCACAGCUCCAUCUUCAGCCACCUCCACAAAAACAACACUCUCUGAAACAACAACCCCAAUUACACCUACACACACUGGACCACCUGAAACAUCUUCAACAUCACACAAACCACAAUCUUCAACAACUUCCACAAGUGAAGUUACAUCGACAACUCUGACCAGAACCACAUCAACAUCCACUCCCAGAGAAACACCAACUGAAAAAACAAGCCACACACCAAGCACUACCACGAUGGUAACUCAAACCCCUUCAACAACAAGCACGUCAUUUAUCACAAGCAUCACUGCAACCUCGACUGCUACAUCACCAACACCAACAGCAACAAUCAGCAGAACACCAUCUUCGACACAAUCCACAACCACGAUAGUAUCCAAAACACCUACCACUGCCACAGAAUCAUCGGCUACAACAUCUCCAAAAGUUCCAACGUCGACACCAAUUCCACAUUCACCGUCUACUGUGGAAACACCCAGUGGCUCAACAACAACUACUAUCACUACAACAGAAUCAACAAGGACUGGUGAAUCACGUUCAACCACAGCUCCAUCUUCUGCCACCUCCACAAAAACAACACUCUCUGAAACAACAACCUCAAUUUCACCUACACCCACUGGACCACCUGAAACAUCUUCAACAUCACACAAACCACAAUCAUCAACAACUUCCACAAGUGAAGUUACAUCGACAAUUCUGACCAGUACCACAUUGACAUCCACAUCCAGAGAAACACCAACUGAAAAAACAAGCCACACACCAAGUACUACAACGAUGGUAAGUCAAACCCCUUCAACAACAAGCACGUCCUUAAGCUCAAGCAUCACUGCAACCUCAACUGCGACAUCACCAACACCAACAGCAACAAUCAGCAGAACACCAUCAUCGACACAAUCCACAACCACAGUAGAAACCAAAACACCUACCACAACCACAGAAUCAUCGGCUACAACAUCUCCAAAAGUUCCAACUUCGACACCAACUUCACAUUCAACUACAACUGUGGAAACACCCACUGGCUCAACAACAACUACUAUCUGUACAACUGAAACAGGAGAGACCACUGAAUCACAUUCAACCACAGCUCCAUCGUCAGCCACCUCCACAAAAACAACACUCUCUGAAACAACAACCUCAAUUACACCUACACCCUCUGGACCACCUGAAAUAUCUUCAACAUCACACAAACCACAAUCUUCAACAACUUCAACAAGUGAAGUUACAUCGACAAUUUUGACCAAAACUAUAUCCACAUCCACACCCAGAGAAACACCAACUGAAAAAACAAGCCACACACCAAGCACCACCACGAUGGUAACUCAAACCCCUUCAACAACAAGCACGUCCUUAAGCACAAGCAUCACUGCAACCUCAACUGCUACAUCACCAACACCAACAGCAACAAUCAGCAGAACACCAUCUUCGACACAAUCCACAACCACAGUAGAAACCAAAACACCUACCACAACCACAGAAUCAUCGGCUACAACGUCUCCAAAAGUUCCAACGUCGACACCAAGUUCACAUUCAACUACAACUGUGGAAACACCCACUGGCUCAACAACAACUACUAUCUGUACAACUGAAACAGGAGAGACCACUGAAUCACAUUCAACCACAGCUCCAUCUUCAGCCACCUCCACAAAAACAACACUCUCUGAAACAACAACCCCAAUUACACCUACACACACUGGACCACCUGAAACAUCUUCAACAUCACACAAACCACAAUCUUCAACAACUUCCACAAGUGAAGUUACAUCGACAACUCUGACCAGAACCACAUCAACAUCCACUCCCAGAGAAACACCAACUGAAAAAACAAGCCACACACCAAGCACUACCACGAUGGUAACUCAAACCCCUUCAACAACAAGCACGUCAUUUAUCACAAGCAUCACUGCAACCUCGACUGCUACAUCACCAACACCAACAGCAACAAUCAGCAGAACACCAUCUUCGACACAAUCCACAACCACGAUAGUAUCCAAAACACCUACCACUGCCACAGAAUCAUCGGCUACAACAUCUCCAAAAGUUCCAACGUCGACACCAAUUCCACAUUCACCGUCUACUGUGGAAACACCCAGUGGCUCAACAACAACUACUAUCACUACAACAGAAUCAACAAGGACUGGUGAAUCACGUUCAACCACAGCUCCAUCUUCUGCCACCUCCACAAAAACAACACUCUCUGAAACAACAACCUCAAUUUCACCUACACCCACUGGACCACCUGAAACAUCUUCAACAUCACACAAACCACAAUCAUCAACAACUUCCACAAGUGAAGUUACAUCGACAAUUCUGACCAGUACCACAUUGACAUCCACAUCCAGAGAAACACCAACUGAAAAAACAAGCCACACACCAAGUACUACAACGAUGGUAAGUCAAACCCCUUCAACAACAAGCACGUCCUUAAGCUCAAGCAUCACUGCAACCUCAACUGCGACAUCACCAACACCAACAGCAACAAUCAGCAGAACACCAUCAUCGACACAAUCCACAACCACAGUAGAAACCAAAACACCUACCACAACCACAGAAUCAUCGGCUACAACAUCUCCAAAAGUUCCAACUUCGACACCAACUUCACAUUCAACUACAACUGUGGAAACACCCACUGGCUCAACAACAACUACUAUCUGUACAACUGAAACAGGAGAGACCACUGAAUCACAUUCAACCACAGCUCCAUCGUCAGCCACCUCCACAAAAACAACACUCUCUGAAACAACAACCUCAAUUACACCUACACCCUCUGGACCACCUGAAAUAUCUUCAACAUCACACAAACCACAAUCUUCAACAACUUCAACAAGUGAAGUUACAUCGACAAUUUUGACCAAAACUAUAUCCACAUCCACACCCAGAGAAACACCAACUGAAAAAACAAGCCACACACCAAGUACUACAACGAUGGUAAGUCAAACCCCUUCAACAACAAGCACGUCCUUCAUCACAAGCAUCACUGCAACCUCGACUGCUAUAUCACCAACACCAACAGCAACAAUCAGCAGAACACCAUCUUCGACACAAUCCACAACCACGAUAGUAUCCAAAACACCUACCACUACCACAGAAUCAUCGGCUACAACAUCUCCAAAAGUUCCAACGUCAACACCAAUUCCACAUUCACCGUCUACUGUGGAAACACCUGGUGGCUCAACAACAACUACUAUCACUACAACUGAAACAACAAGGACCGGUGAAUCACGUUCCACCACAGCUCCAUCUUCUGCCACAUCCACAAAAACAACACUCUCUGAAACAACAACCUCAAUUUCACCGACACCCACUGGACCACCUGAAACAUCUUCAACAUCACACAAACCACAAUCUUCAACAACUUCCACAAGUGAAGUUACAUCGACAAUUCUGACCAGUACCACAUUGACAUCCACAUCCAGAGAAACACCAACUGAAAAAACAAGCCACACACCAAGUACUACAACGAUGGUAAGGCAAACCCCUUCAACAACAAGCACGUCCUUAAGCACAAGCAUCACGGCAACCUCAACUGCGACAUCACCGACACCAACAGCAACAAUCAGCAGAACACCAUCAUCGACACAAUCCACAACCACAGUAGAAACCAAAACACCUACCACAACCACAGAAUCAUCGGCUACAACAUCUCCAAAAGUUCCAACUUCGACACCAACUUCACAUUCAACUACAACUGUGGAAACACCCACUGGCUCAACAACAACUACUAUCUGUACAACUGAAACAGGAGAGACCACUGAAUCACAUUCAACCACAGCUCCAUCUUCUGCCACAUCCACAAAAUCAACACUCUCUGAAACAACAACCUCAAUUUCACCUACACCCACUGGACCACCUGAAACAUCUUCAACAUCACACAAACCACAAUCUUCAACAACUUCCACAAGUGAAGUUACAUCGACAACUCUGACCAGAACCACAUCAACAUCCACUCCCAGAGAAACACCAACUGAAAAAACAAGCCACACACCAAGCACUACCACGAUGGUAACUCAAACCCCUUCAACAACAAGCACGUCCUUCAUCACAAGCAUCACUGCAACCUCGACUGCUACAUCACCAACACCAACAGCAACAAUCAGCAGAACACCAUCUUCGACACAAUCCACAACCACGAUAGUAUCCAAAACACCUACCACUGCCACAGAAUCAUCGGCUACAACAUCUCCAAAAGUUCCAACGUCGACACCAAUUCCACAUUCACCGUCUACUGUGGAAACACCCACUGGCUCAACAACAACUACUAUCACUACAACAGAAUCAACAAGGACUGGUGAAUCACGUUCAACCACAGCUCCAUCUUCUGCCACCUCCACAAAAACAACACUCUCUGAAACAACAACCUCAAUUUCACCUACACCCACUGGACCACCUGAAACAUCUUCAACAUCACACAAACCACAAUCAUCAACAACUUCCACAAGUGAAGUUACAUCGACAAUUCUGACCAGUACCACAUUGACAUCCACAUCCAGAGAAACACCAACUGAAAAAACAAGCCACACACCAAGUACUACAACGAUGGUAAGUCAAACCCCUUCAACAACAAGCACGUCCUUAAGCUCAAGCAUCACUGCAACCUCAACUGCGACAUCACCAACACCAACAGCAACAAUCAGCAGAACACCAUCAUCGACACAAUCCACAACCACAGUAGAAACCAAAACACCUACCACAACCACAGAAUCAUCGGCUACAACAUCUCCAAAAGUUCCAACUUCGACACCAACUUCACAUUCAACUACAACUGUGGAAACACCCACUGGCUCAACAACAACUACUAUCUGUACAACUGAAACAGGAGAGACCACUGAAUCACAUUCAACCACAGCUCCAUCGUCAGCCACCUCCACAAAAACAACACUCUCUGAAACAACAACCUCAAUUACACCUACACCCACUGGACCACCUGAAAUAUCUUCAACAUCACACAAACCACAAUCUUCAACAACUUCAACAAGUGAAGUUACAUCGACAAUUUUGACCAAAACUAUAUCCACAUCCACACCCAGAGAAACACCAACUGAAAAAACAAGCCACACACCAAGUACUACAACGAUGGUAAGUCAAACCCCUUCAACAACAAGCACGUCCUUAAGCACAAGCAUCACUGCAACCUCGACUGCUAUAUCACCAACACCAACAGCAACAAUCAGCAGAACACCAUUUUCGACACAAUCCACAACCACGAUAGUAUCCAAAACACCUACCACUACCACAGAAUCAUCGGCUACAACAUCUCCAAAAGUUCCAACGUCAACACCAAUUCCACAUUCACCGUCUACUGUGGAAACACCCGGUGGCUCAACAACAACUACUAUCACUACAACUGAAACAACAAGGACCGGUGAAUCACGUUCCACCACAGCUCCAUCUUCUGCCACAUCCACAAAAACAACACUCUCUGAAACAACAACCUCAAUUUCACCUACACCCACUGGACCACCUGAAACAUCUUCAACAUCACACAAACCACAAUCUUCAACAACUUCCACAAGUGAAGUUACAUCGACAACUCUGACCAGAACCACAUCAACAUCCACUCCCAGAGAAACACCAACUGAAAAAACAAGCCACACACCAAGCACUACCACGAUGGUAACUCAAACCCCUUCAACAACAAGCACGUCAUUUAUCACAAGCAUCACUGCAACCUCGACUGCUACAUCACCAACACCAACAGCAACAAUCAGCAGAACACCAUCUUCGACACAAUCCACAACCACGAUAGUAUCCAAAACACCUACCACUGCCACAGAAUCAUCGGCUACAACAUCUCCAAAAGUUCCAACGUCGACACCAAUUCCACAUUCACCGUCUACUGUGGAAACACCCGGUGGCUCAACAACAACUACUAUCACUACAACUGAAACAACAAGGACCGGUGAAUCACGUUCCACCACAGCUCCAUCUUCUGCCACAUCCACAAAAACAACACUCUCUGAAACAACAACCUCAAUUUCACCUACACCCACUGGACCACCUGAAAUAUCUUCAACAUCACACAAACCACAAUCUUCAACAACUUCCACAAGUGAAGUUACAUCGACAAUUCUGACCAGUACCACAUUGACAUCCACAUCCAGAGAAACACCAACUGAAAAAACAAGCCACACACCAAGUACUACAACGAUGGUAAGGCAAACCCCUUCAACAACAAGCACGUCCUUAAGCACAAGCAUCACGGCAACCUCAACUGCGACAUCACCGACACCAACAGCAACAAUCAGCAGAACACCAUCAUCGACACAAUCCACAACCACAGUAGAAACCAAAACACCUACCACAACCACAGAAUCAUCGGCUACAACAUCUCCAAAAGUUCCAACUUCGACACCAACUUCACAUUCAACUACAACUGUGGAAACACCCACUGGCUCAACAACAACUACUAUCUGUACAACUGAAACAGGAGAGACCACUGAAUCACAUUCAACCACAGCUCCAUCUUCUGCCACAUCCACAAAAUCAACACUCUCUGAAACAACAACCUCAAUUUCACCUACACCCUCUGGACCACCUGAAAUAUCUUCAACAUCACACAAACCACAAUCUUCAACAACUUCCACAAGUGAAGUUACAUCGACAAUUCUGACCAGAACUACAUCAACAUCCACACCCAGAGAAACACCAACUGAAAAAACAAGCCACACACCAAGCACUACCACGAUGGUAACUCAAACCCCUUCAACAACAAGCACGUCCUUAAGCACAAGCAUCACUGCAACCUCAACUGCUACAUCACCAACACCAACAGCAACAAUCAGCAGAACACCAUCUUCGACACAAUCCACAACCACAGUAGAAACCAAAACACCUACCACAACCACAGAAUCAUCGGCUACAACGUCUCCAAAAGUUCCAACGUCGACACCAAGUUCACAUUCAACUACAACUGUGUUAACACCCACUGGCUCAACAACAACUACUAUCUGUACAACUGAAACAGGAGAGACCACUGAAUCACAUUCAACCACAGCUCCAUCUUCAGCCACCUCCACAAAAACAACACUCUCUGAAACAACAACCCCAAUUACACCUACACACACUGGACCACCUGAAACAUCUUCAACAUCACACAAACCACAAUCUUCAACAACUUCCACAAGUGAAGUUACAUCGACAACUCUGACCAGAACCACAUCAACAUCCACUCCCAGAGAAACACCAACUGAAAAAACAAGCCACACACCAAGCACUACCACGAUGGUAACUCAAACCCCUUCAACAACAAGCACGUCAUUUAUCACAAGCAUCACUGCAACCUCGACUGCUACAUCACCAACACCAACAGCAACAAUCAGCAGAACACCAUCUUCGACACAAUCCACAACCACGAUAGUAUCCAAAACACCUACCACUGCCACAGAAUCAUCGGCUACAACAUCUCCAAAAGUUCCAACGUCGACACCAAUUCCACAUUCACCGUCUACUGUGGAAACACCCAGUGGCUCAACAACAACUACUAUCACUACAACAGAAUCAACAAGGACUGGUGAAUCACGUUCAACCACAGCUCCAUCUUCUGCCACCUCCACAAAAACAACACUCUCUGAAACAACAACCUCAAUUUCACCUACACCCACUGGACCACCUGAAACAUCUUCAACAUCACACAAACCACAAUCAUCAACAACUUCCACAAGUGAAGUUACAUCGACAAUUCUGACCAGUACCACAUUGACAUCCACAUCCAGAGAAACACCAACUGAAAAAACAAGCCACACACCAAGUACUACAACGAUGGUAAGUCAAACCCCUUCAACAACAAGCACGUCCUUAAGCUCAAGCAUCACUGCAACCUCAACUGCGACAUCACCAACACCAACAGCAACAAUCAGCAGAACACCAUCAUCGACACAAUCCACAACCACAGUAGAAACCAAAACACCUACCACAACCACAGAAUCAUCGGCUACAACAUCUCCAAAAGUUCCAACUUCGACACCAACUUCACAUUCAACUACAACUGUGGAAACACCCACUGGCUCAACAACAACUACUAUCUGUACAACUGAAACAGGAGAGACCACUGAAUCACAUUCAACCACAGCUCCAUCGUCAGCCACCUCCACAAAAACAACACUCUCUGAAACAACAACCUCAAUUACACCUACACCCUCUGGACCACCUGAAAUAUCUUCAACAUCACACAAACCACAAUCUUCAACAACUUCAACAAGUGAAGUUACAUCGACAAUUUUGACCAAAACUAUAUCCACAUCCACACCCAGAGAAACACCAACUGAAAAAACAAGCCACACACCAAGUACUACAACGAUGGUAAGUCAAACCCCUUCAACAACAAGCACGUCCUUAAGCACAAGCAUCACUGCAACCUCGACUGCUAUAUCACCAACACCAACAGCAACAAUCAGCAGAACACCAUCUUCGACACAAUCCACAACCACGAUAGUAUCCAAAACACCUACCACUACCACAGAAUCAUCGGCUACAACAUCUCCAAAAGUUCCAACGUCAACACCAAUUCCACAUUCACCGUCUACUGUGGAAACACCUGGUGGCUCAACAACAACUACUAUCACUACAACUGAAACAACAAGGACCGGUGAAUCACGUUCCACCACAGCUCCAUCUUCUGCCACAUCCACAAAAACAACACUCUCUGAAACAACAACCUCAAUUUCACCGACACCCACUGGACCACCUGAAACAUCUUCAACAUCACACAAACCACAAUCUUCAACAACUUCCACAAGUGAAGUUACAUCGACAAUUCUGACCAGUACCACAUUGACAUCCACAUCCAGAGAAACACCAACUGAAAAAACAAGCCACACACCAAGUACUACAACGAUGGUAAGGCAAACCCCUUCAACAACAAGCACGUCCUUAAGCACAAGCAUCACGGCAACCUCAACUGCGACAUCACCGACACCAACAGCAACAAUCAGCAGAACACCAUCAUCGACACAAUCCACAACCACAGUAGAAACCAAAACACCUACCACAACCACAGAAUCAUCGGCUACAACAUCUCCAAAAGUUCCAACUUCGACACCAACUUCACAUUCAACUACAACUGUGGAAACACCCACUGGCUCAACAACAACUACUAUCUGUACAACUGAAACAGGAGAGACCACUGAAUCACAUUCAACCACAGCUCCAUCUUCUGCCACAUCCACAAAAUCAACACUCUCUGAAACAACAACCUCAAUUUCACCUACACCCACUGGACCACCUGAAACAUCUUCAACAUCACACAAACCACAAUCUUCAACAACUUCCACAAGUGAAGUUACAUCGACAACUCUGACCAGAACCACAUCAACAUCCACUCCCAGAGAAACACCAACUGAAAAAACAAGCCACACACCAAGCACUACCACGAUGGUAACUCAAACCCCUUCAACAACAAGCACGUCCUUCAUCACAAGCAUCACUGCAACCUCGACUGCUACAUCACCAACACCAACAGCAACAAUCAGCAGAACACCAUCUUCGACACAAUCCACAACCACGAUAGUAUCCAAAACACCUACCACUGCCACAGAAUCAUCGGCUACAACAUCUCCAAAAGUUCCAACGUCGACACCAAUUCCACAUUCACCGUCUACUGUGGAAACACCCACUGGCUCAACAACAACUACUAUCACUACAACAGAAUCAACAAGGACUGGUGAAUCACGUUCAACCACAGCUCCAUCUUCUGCCACCUCCACAAAAACAACACUCUCUGAAACAACAACCUCAAUUUCACCUACACCCACUGGACCACCUGAAACAUCUUCAACAUCACACAAACCACAAUCAUCAACAACUUCCACAAGUGAAGUUACAUCGACAAUUCUGACCAGUACCACAUUGACAUCCACAUCCAGAGAAACACCAACUGAAAAAACAAGCCACACACCAAGUACUACAACGAUGGUAAGUCAAACCCCUUCAACAACAAGCACGUCCUUAAGCUCAAGCAUCACUGCAACCUCAACUGCGACAUCACCAACACCAACAGCAACAAUCAGCAGAACACCAUCAUCGACACAAUCCACAACCACAGUAGAAACCAAAACACCUACCACAACCACAGAAUCAUCGGCUACAACAUCUCCAAAAGUUCCAACUUCGACACCAACUUCACAUUCAACUACAACUGUGGAAACACCCACUGGCUCAACAACAACUACUAUCUGUACAACUGAAACAGGAGAGACCACUGAAUCACAUUCAACCACAGCUCCAUCGUCAGCCACCUCCACAAAAACAACACUCUCUGAAACAACAACCUCAAUUACACCUACACCCUCUGGACCACCUGAAAUAUCUUCAACAUCACACAAACCACAAUCUUCAACAACUUCAACAAGUGAAGUUACAUCGACAAUUUUGACCAAAACUAUAUCCACAUCCACACCCAGAGAAACACCAACUGAAAAAACAAGCCACACACCAAGUACUACAACGAUGGUAAGUCAAACCCCUUCAACAACAAGCACGUCCUUAAGCACAAGCAUCACUGCAACCUCGACUGCUAUAUCACCAACACCAACAGCAACAAUCAGCAGAACACCAUUUUCGACACAAUCCACAACCACGAUAGUAUCCAAAACACCUACCACUACCACAGAAUCAUCGGCUACAACAUCUCCAAAAGUUCCAACGUCAACACCAAUUCCACAUUCACCGUCUACUGUGGAAACACCCGGUGGCUCAACAACAACUACUAUCACUACAACUGAAACAACAAGGACCGGUGAAUCACGUUCCACCACAGCUCCAUCUUCUGCCACAUCCACAAAAACAACACUCUCUGAAACAACAACCUCAAUUUCACCUACACCCACUGGACCACCUGAAAUAUCUUCAACAUCACACAAACCACAAUCUUCAACAACUUCCACAAGUGAAGUUACAUCGACAAUUCUGACCAGUACCACAUUGACAUCCACAUCCAGAGAAACACCAACUGAAAAAACAAGCCACACACCAAGUACUACAACGAUGGUAAGGCAAACCCCUUCAACAACAAGCACGUCCUUAAGCACAAGCAUCACGGCAACCUCAACUGCGACAUCACCGACACCAACAGCAACAAUCAGCAGAACACCAUCAUCGACACAAUCCACAACCACAGUAGAAACCAAAACACCUACCACAACCACAGAAUCAUCGGCUACAACAUCUCCAAAAGUUCCAACUUCGACACCAACUUCACAUUCAACUACAACUGUGGAAACACCCACUGGCUCAACAACAACUACUAUCUGUACAACUGAAACAGGAGAGACCACUGAAUCACAUUCAACCACAGCUCCAUCUUCAGCCACCUCCACAAAAACAACACUCUCUGAAACAACAACCUCAAUUUCACCUACACCCACUGGACCACCUGAAACAUCUUCAACAUCACACAAACCACAAUCUUCAACAACUUCCACAAGUGAAGUUACAUCGACAACUCUAACCAGAACCACAUCAACAUCCACUCCCAGAGAAACACCAACUGAAAAAACAAGCCACACACCAAGCACUACCACGAUGGUAACUCAAACCCCUUCAACAACAAGCACGUCCUUAAGCACAAGCAUCACUGCAACCUCGACUGCUAUAUCACCAACACCAACUGCAACAAUCAGCAGAACACCAUCUUCGACACAAUCCACAACCACGAUAGUAUCCAAAACACCUACCACUGCCACAGAAUCAUCGGCUACAACAUCUCCAAAAGUUCCAACGUCGACACCAAUUCCACAUUCACCGUCUACUGUGGAAACACCCAGUGGCUCAACAACAACUACUAUCACUACAACAGAAUCAACAAGGACUGGUGAAUCACGUUCAACCACAGCUCCAUCUUCUGCCACCUCCACAAAAACAACACUCUCUGAAACAACAACCUCAAUUUCACCUACACCCACUGGACCACCUGAAACAUCUUCAACAUCACACAAACCACAAUCAUCAACAACUUCCACAAGUGAAGUUACAUCGACAAUUCUGACCAGUACCACAUCCACAUCCACAUCCAGAGAAACACCAACUGAAAAAACAAGCCACACACCAAGUACUACAACGAUGGUAAGUCAAACCCCUUCAACAACAAGCACGUCCUUAAGCUCAAGCAUCACUGCAACCUCAACUGCGACAUCACCAACACCAACAGCAACAAUCAGCAGAACACCAUCAUCGACACAAUCCACAACCACAGUAGAAACCAAAACACCUACCACAACCACAGAAUCAUCGGCUACAACAUCUCCAAAAGUUCCAACUUCGACACCAACUUCACAUUCAACUACAACUGUGGAAACACCCACUGGCUCAACAACAACUACUAUCUGUACAACUGAAACAGGAGAGACCACUGAAUCACAUUCAACCACAGCUCUAUCUUCUGCCACAUCCACAAAAACAACACUCUCUGAAACAACAACCUCAAUUACACCUACACACACUGGACCACCUGAAAUAUCUUCAACAUCACACAAACCACAAUCUUCAACAACUUCAACAAGUGAAGUUACAUCCACAAUUCAGACCAGUGCCACGUCCACAUCCACCUCCAGAGAAACAACAACUGAAACAAGCCACACACCAAGUACUACAACGAUGGUAAGUCAAACCCCUUCAACAACAAGCACAUCCUUAAGCUCAAGCAUCACUGCAACCUCAACUGCGACAUCACCAACACCAACAGCAACAAUCAGCAGAACACCAUCUUCGACACAAUCCACAACCACGGUAAUAUCCAAAACACCAACCACAACCACAGAAUCAUCAGCUACAACAUCUCCAAAAGUUCCAACGUCGACUCCAACUCCACAUUCAACUACAACUGUGGAAACACCCAGUCGCCCAACAACAACUACUAUCUGUACAACUGAAACAGGAGAGACCACUGAAUCACAUUCAACCACAGCUCCAUCUUCAGCCACCUCCACAAAAACAACACUCUCUGAAACAACAACCUCAAUUUCAGCCACCCCCACUACAACAUCUCCAUUAUCGUCAAUGUCAACCAAAUCACAAUCUUCAACAAUAUCCUCAAGCACAAGAGGCACACUAUUUUCAACCACAGCCAUUUCCAACUCAGCCCCACCAUCCUCUUCCACUCCAAAAUUGGCCACGACCCAAUUUUCAAUGACAUCCACAACCCCUUAUACACCUCCAACUUCGAUUAGUACCACAAUGACAAGGGAAACAAUCAGUUCAAAACCAACAACAAGUACAAAUGUAAUUCGAACAUCUGAAACAGUAAGCACUGCACCAAGCACAAACAUGACACCGUCUGCAACACCUGCAACAUCAACCCCAUCACCAACAAUGACCAGAAGACAAUCUUCUACUGAAUCUACAACCAUGACAGUGUCUGAAUUUUCAACCACAACCACAGCAAAAUCAGUUUCACCAUCUGUAAAACCACCAACAUCAACACCAACUCCACAUUCGGCCACAUCUCAAACCACCAUUACAAGCAAACAUGUCAUCAAUAGUGCUGUAACACUCACGAGCUCUACAGCAGCUACUAUCUCUGCAACUGAAACAAUGGAGACUACUGAAUCACAGUUAACCCUAACUCCAUCUUCAACCACCUCCCCAUUCACAAAAUUCUCUACAACAACAACCUCUUCACUUGUUUCAAUUGCAUCACCAAAUGUAACAUCACCUCAAAUCGCAACAAGUUUCCAAUCAUCAACGUCUACAAUUACUCGAAUCCCUCCGCCUACAUUUACAAGAAUAACGUCUGUGAGUUCUCCUACCUCUGGGAUUAUCACCGUAAAUCAGUCUGCCACCACUGCCAAUAAAUGGAGUUCAACUACUGCCGUCACUGUUCCAAUCACCAGAACCGCAUCAGCAAGUUCUGUGUCUACCACUACAAUCAAGAUGCCAUCAACUGCUUCCUCUGUGCAUACGACUGGUUCUUCUCACACAAGCUCUUCAUCUGCAACCACUGAAUGUUUCUGCAUUGUAAAUGGAACGUUGUAUUCUCAAGGUGAAAUUAUAUACAACUACACUGAUAAAGAUGGAUUUUGCAUCUUUGCAAAAUGCAAUGAUACUUGUAGUAUUGAAAAACAUAUAUGGCCUUGUGGAACCACAAUACCUGCUCCUACAAGUGCACCUGUGAGUAGUGCCAGCUUCACAACUACACCAAGUGAACCCACCACAAAAAUAGAAGCUUGUCCAGAUUUUGAUCCUCCAAGGCAGUACAAUGAAACAUGGCUACUCUGUGAAUGUUUAAUGGCAACAUGCAUAGAAAAGAACAUCAUUUCUAUACAACCUGUGGUCUGUCCAACUGUUGAACCUCUUGAAUGUGCCAAUGGCCAUGAACCUGUCAAAGUGUAUGAUGAAAAUGGUUGUUGUUACCAUUAUGAGUGUGACUGCUACUGCAAUGGAUGGGGAGGCUCACAUUUUGUUACAUUUGAUGGCCAAUAUUACACCUAUGAUGGAAAUUGUACCUAUAUCCUUAUGGAAGAAACAAACCCAUCACCUACAAAUUUUGGUAUUUACAUUGACAACUAUCACUGUGAUACUCAAGGCAGUGUCUCAUGCCCACGUGCUAUUAUAGUGAAGUUUGAAGAACUAGAUAUACAGAUCACAAAUAUCGAUCCAACUGGAAUUCAGCACUGGGUAACUGUCAAUGACAACAUUGUGUCACUACCCUAUUCAAGAGAUGAUGUGAAAAUCUCCAGCUCAGGCCUUAAUGUGAUGCUUGAAAUUCCAAAACUAAAGGCAUUUGUUACUUUCAAUGGUCUAGCUUUUUCAAUUAAACUUCCAAGUGAAAUAUUUGGAAAUAAUACACAGGGGCAGUGUGGUACAUGUAAUAAUGUUCAGGAUGAUGACUGCACACUGCCCAAUGGAAAACCUGCAACCUCCUGUUCUGAAAUGGCUGAUUACUGGCAAGUCAAAGAUUCCAACAAGCCAAAUUGCAAUGGACCAUCCUCACUACCUACUCCAAGACCUCAAGUUACAUUCAGUCCCCAAACAACACAAAAGCCUUGUAACUCUAAUUCUCUAUGCAAGCUCAUUACAAGCGAGUUAUUUGCAAAAUGUCACAAUCAUGUUUCACCAGACCACUACUACCAGGCAUGUCUGCAUGAUGAAUGUCAAAUGCCAAGUACCUCAGUGAUGUGUGCAAGUUUGCAAACUUAUGCAUCUGUCUGCAUGUCUCACCAUAUCUGCAUUGAUUGGAGAAAUUACACAAAUGGGGCCUGUUCUUUUAAUUGUCCUUUAAACAAAAUUUACAAAGCAUGUGAAGUCUUUGAAGAGGAACUUACAUGCACUUCAAGCAAUUCAGAUUUGACUAGUCGUAACUUAUCAGAAGGAUGUUUCUGCCCAGAGGGUACCAUUCUUUUCAGCCCUGACACUGACCUAUGUGUUAAUAAAUGCGGUUGUAUUGGACCUGAUGGACUACCUAAAGAGUUUAAUGAAAGAUUUAAGUUCAACUGCCAGGACUGCAUCUGUGACAAAAUCACACACCGUGUCAUCUGUCAACCACACAACUGCCCUGUUUUUCCAUCAACGCCUUGUGGAGGAGAAGGAUUCAUCAAUGUUAAUGUAACAGUCCCAAAUGAUGACUGUUGUAUGAAAACUGUGUGCAGGUGCAACAUCAAUCUCUGUGCUCCAAAUGAGAUAAAAUGUAGUCUUGGAUUUAAAAUAGUGUCAAAGAUUCCAGAUGGGCAUUGUUGUCCAGUUUACACAUGUGAGCCAAAGGGUGUUUGUGUUAAUGAAGGGGCAGAAUACUAUCCAGGUGCAAUUAUUCAUCUCUCUCCUUGUCAAAGCUGCACUUGUACCAAUGAGACAGAUGUGGAAACUCUGUCAAACCUCAUUAAAUGUCGAAAUAUCGAAUGCAACAAGAAGUGUGGACAAGGUUUUGAAUAUAAAGAAACAAUUGGAAGAUGUUGUGGUGAAUGUGUCCAAACUAGAUGCGUGAUACACCCAGGAGACCAAUCUGUUCAACUAUUACUGCCUGGCUAUACGUGGUCAUCACCUUAUAACAACUGUACAGUUUAUGGAUGUCUUCAAAUUAAUGAUAGCUUAAUAUCGACUAGUUCCAAGUUUGUUUGUCCUGAUUUUCAUCCAGAAGACUGUGAACCAGGCACAAUUAUGAUGACUGAUGAUGGAUGUUGUCAAACAUGCCAAGAAAAACAGAGUUGUAAGAGAACAAAAAAAAUGAUCCAGAUAACGCAUGAUGGAUGCCAAUCAUCAAAGAAAGUAGAAAUUGCAGAAUGUGAAGGAACAUGUGGUACUUACUCUAUGUAUUCUUCAGAAGUAAAUUCAAUGGAGCACAAAUGUAACUGUUGUCAAGAGAUAAAGACCCACAAAAGAGAGAUUACUUUAAUAUGUCCUGAUGGAAAUACUAUUCAAUACUCUUAUGUCUAUGUGGAUACAUGUGACUGCAUGGAAAAUAACUGUGAGGAACCAACCAGCUCACCUUCAAACAGCACAAUCCAUGAACUAUCUCGAGCAAAACGCAAUCCAGACAGGAUCAAUGAAAGUGGAGACAAGCUCAAUUUGAUCAAUUUAGAGAAACAGACAGACUUCAUAAGCUUUAAUGAAGUAAAUGAAUCCAACAAAAGUAAAAGGGAAGCAAACUUAGAAAAUGACCUACAAGAAAACCAACUUAAGGAAAGAAAGCCAAGGCAUGGGAGACGAGCAAGUGCUCAGAAGCGUAUAAAGCUCACUUAAAACGAAUCAAAUAUUCUGGUGAAUCAAAUUCAUUCUGUUUGCUUCUUACUUCCAAACUUCACAAUGCUGGUGUUUAUUAACUGUUCAUUUUGUUUUUAUUCACGUUAGUUCCUAAUUAAACAAGAUUAUUCUGAAAAAAUGUCUAUUUAUUAUCCAAAGUCCUAUUCCAGUGAAAAUUCUUACUAUGCGCAGAAGAAAUUAAGUAAUAAUGCUAAUAAAUAAA